GUAGGGCCAGAGAGGGCUGGUUGGGGUCCCUGCCACUCUGACACUGGGCAGUGGACAGUGCCUUGCCCCCGCCUUGCCCCAGCAUCCCCUGGCAGCCCGCCUCCCAGCCUGAGCCCCUCAUCGUGGCUUCCCCCGCAGUGCUCAGUGACAUGCGGGGAGGGCACUCAGCACCGAAGUGUCCUCUGCACCAAUGACACCGGUGUCCCCUGUGACGAGGCCCAGCAGCCAGCCCACCAAGUCACCUGCUCUCUGCCACCCUGUCUGCGGCCCCUGGACACACUGGUCCCUGAAGGCUCAGGGAGCGGCUCCUCCAGCCACGAACUCUUCAACGAGGCUGACUUCAUCCCGCGCCACCUGGCCCCACGCCCUUCACCCACCUCAGCACCCAGGCCAGCCAGCAUGGGCAACGCCAUCGACGAGGAGGCCCUGGAGCUGGACCCACCAGGGCCCGUGUUUGUUGACGACUUCUACUACGACUACAAUUUCAUCAAUUUCCACGAGGACCUGUCCUACGGGCCCUUUGAGGAGCCCGAUCUAGACCUGGCAGGGACAGGGGAUGGGACACCCACACCACGUGGCCGUCCUGCUGCGUCCUCCACAGGUAGCCCCGUGUCUGCCACAGAGCCUCCUGCAGCCACGGAGGAGGGGCCACCGGGACCUUGGUCCCCUAGCCCUUGGCCCAGCCAGGCCGGCCGCUCCCCACCCCCACCCUCAGAGCCGACCCCUGGGAACUCUUUGCUCAAUUUCCUGCCUGAGGAAGACACCCCCAUAGGGGCUCCAGAUCUUGGGCUCCCCAGCCUACCCAGGCCCAGGGUUUCCCCUAAUGGCGUGCAGACGCCUAUCGCCCCUGGGAGCCAAAAUGACUUGGUUGGCGAGGACAGCCAGCGUCAGCUGCCCCCUCCGUGGUGGGACAGGACCAAUGAGGUUUCCAAGGACGAUGAGGAACCCGGGAGCCACAGAGCCCCCCACCUGCCCUCGAGACCCAACCCCACGCUGCCCGCUUUGUCCCCUGUCGGCAGCACCCACUCCUCUCCUGUUCCUGAUGUGGUGGAGCUGUGGACAGGAGGGACUGUAGGCUGGAAGCCAGCUCUGGAGGGUGGCCUGGGGCCUGGGGACAGUGAGCUGAGGCCCACUGUGGAGGCGGCUCCUCCCCUUCCUCCUCCCAUAGCCCCUCCGCCAGAGGACAGCCCCCUGCAGCCGGGGACUCCCAACUCCCCAACCCCAGGACCAGGGUCCUGGGACCUGCGGACUGUGGCAGUGUGGGGCACCUUCCUCCCCACGACCCAGACUGGCGUCGGGCGCACACCUGAGCCUGAGCCUGCCCCGAGCCCGGGACCCGAGGGCCAGCCUGAGUCUCUCAGCCCUGAGGUGCCCCUGAGCUCUGGGCUGCUGUCCACGCCAGCUUGGGACAGCCCUGCAAACAGCCGCAGAGCCCCUGAGACCCAGCCCCCGGCCCCCAGCCUGGCUGAAGCGGAGCCCCCUGUGGACCCGCUGGCUGCCAGGAAUGCCAGCUGGCAAGCUGGAAACUGGAGCGAGUGCUCCACCACCUGUGGCCUGGGCGCCGUCUGGAGGCUGGUUCGCUGCAGCUCCGGCCGGGAUGAGGACUGUGCCCCUGCUGGCCGGCCCCAGCCUGCCCGCCGCUGCCACCUGCGGCCCUGUGCCACCUGGCACUCGGGCAACUGGAGUAAGUGCUCCCGCAGCUGCGGUGGAGGCUCCUCAGUGCGGGACGUGCAGUGUGUGGACACACGGGACCUCCGGCCGCUGCGACCCUUCCAUUGUCAGCCGGGGCCAGCCAAGCCACCUGCGCACCGGCCCUGUGGGGCCCAGCCCUGCCUCAGCUGGUACACCUCUUCCUGGAGGGAGUGCUCUGAGGCCUGUGGCGGUGGUGAACAGCAGCGUCUGGUGACCUGCCCGGAGCCAGGCCUCUGCGAGGAGGCACUGAGACCCAACGCCACGCGGCCCUGUAACACUCACCCCUGCACGAAGUGGGUGGUGGGGCCCUGGGGCCAGUGCUCAGCCCCCUGUGGCGGGGGCAUCCAGCGGCGCCUGGUCAAGUGUGUCAACACCCAGACAGGGCUGCCCGAGGAAGACAGCGACCAGUGUGGCCAUGAGGCCUGGCCCGAGAGCUCCCGGCCGUGUGGCACCGAGGACUGCGAGCCCAUCCAGCCACCCCGCUGUGAGCGGGACCGCCUGUCAUUCGGAUUCUGUGAGACACUGCGCCUGCUGGGCCGCUGCCAGCUGCCCACUGUCCGCACCCAGUGCUGCCGCUCAUGCCCUCCGCCCAGCCAUGGCACCCCCUCCCGAGGCCAUCAACGGGCUGCCCGCCGCUGACCGCAUCAGGAUGCACAGACCGACCGACAGACCUCAGUGCCCACCACGGGCUGUGGCGGAGCUUCCGCCUCCUGCGCCCUAAUGGUGCUAACCCCCCGCUCCCCAUCCAGCAGCAGGCUGGGGACCUCCUCCCCCUCAGAAAAGGUAUUUUUUUAUUCUAACAGUUUGUGUACCACUUAUUAUUGUUUUACAUAAAUGAGCAUCUACCAUUCCAAAGCA